AUGAACUUUCUUUUGCCAGUUGAAAAAAACAACCUCACCUUCACAUCCCUAAACGCCUCUCACAAAGGCCUAUCACUAUCCCAGCUAAUCCUGUCCAGCAAUUCAAACACGCUCGACUCGAUCUUCUCCUACUGCCAGCAGCCCCCAAGCCACCGGGCAAUCAACCACGUCCCGGGACCCCUCGGCUCCUCCGUCUAUCUCAGGCAGCGAGAUUUAAUCCAAACACUCUCAAACCAAAACAAACUGAUCCCAAAAUCUCUACUCUCCAGCACGAGCUGUAGACCAGCCCAGCAGCCGGGCCUUUUCGGGCCGUCCCAUUUCGGCCCCAGCAAGCGGAAGCUCUACCGUGGGGUCCGCCAGCGCCACUGGGGCAAGUGGGUAGCCGAGAUCAGACUACCCCAGAAUCGGAUGAGGGUCUGGCUCGGGACCUACAACUCGGCUGAGGCUGCAGCCUAUGCGUACGACCGGGCAGCGUACAAGCUCCGGGGGGAGUACGCGCGGCUCAACUUUCCGAACCUGCGUGAGCCGGCCCGGGUGGGGCUCGGGGACGAGGCCCGGGUCGAGGCACUGAGGAGCACGGUGGAUGCCAAGAUACAGGCCAUUUGCCAGCGGGUGAGGAGAGAGAGACGGGCCCGGCGGGCCGCGAGGCGGGCCGAGGCCAAGAGUGGAAAUGUGGCAGAAAAGACGGAUUUGCCCCCGUCGGAUGUGGGCAAUGGGGAGAGUGGUGGCAGUGGGUUGGAGGACGGGUUUUGGGCGGGCGGCUCACCGGAAUCGUGGUGCUCGGCGGUGGUGGGGGCGCCGGUAGGGGAGGAGGAGAUGGAGGGGUGCUCGCUUGCUCGGCUGCCGUCGUACGACCCGGAGUUGAUAUGGGAGGUUCUUGCUAAUUAG